GAAAAAAAAAGAGUUUGUUGUCCUUUUGUAAAUUUAUAAUGAUUAGGCCACAUUUCUAUUUCCUAAUACCCAUAUAUGUAAUAUACUCUUUGGCCCAAAACAUGCUCCAUCUACAAGUCCCUUGGGCCCAAGAGCUAAGCGGAGUUAGACGCUGGUACAUAAACACGCCCACGCGCGCGCACACCCACGGAGAGUAGUAGGGUCAGAUCAUCAUCAUCGUCAUCUCUCUCACCAUCUUUGUCACAUCGAUUCAUAAUGUUCUGAAUCAGAAGAAGAAGAAUAUAUCAAUAAUACACGAGUAUAGCACAUCGUUUUUGUCAUAUCGACAAAUUUCUGUCAUCAUUCAUCCUUAACUAAACCCUGAUUCCAGCGUCUUUACUUUACACACAUCGUCCAAUUAGCCCAAGAAGAUAAAAAGAGGUGCUGCUCUUCAUUGUCGUUGCGGAUGUCAUGUUCUUGAAAAGUUAUGGAUCGUUUUGAUUCCUGGAAAAGAUCAUGUUGCAGUGCUUAGACAGUGUGACACAUUUCCUUUCUGCUGUUGCCAAUUGCUGUGAUUCUGAAAUUUAUAAGCAACCUCGAGGCUUGGAGAAUCCUGAAGCUCUUGCUAGGGAAACCGUCUUUAGUGUUAGUGAAAUAGAGGCGCUGUAUGAAUUAUUUAAGAAGAUCAGCAGUGCUGUGAUCGACGAUGGGCUUAUUAACAAGGAAGAAUUUCAACUUGCCCUCUUUAAGACAAACAAAAAGGAGAGCUUGUUUGCAGAUCGGGUAUUUGACUUGUUUGACACGAAGCAUAAUGGGAUAUUAGAUUUUGAAGAGUUUGCGCGUGCUCUUUCAGUCUUUCACCCAAAUGCUCCUAUUGAUGAUAAGAUUGAUUUUUCUUUUCAACUGUAUGAUCUGAAGCAACAAGGAUACAUUGAAAGACAGGAGGUACCUUUCGUAGUUUGCCAAGUUAUUUUAUGCAUGUACGUUUGUUCCAAUCUCUUUUAUAAUUUGGGAAAGUUAGUAGAUUCUGUAACGCUUCUAGGUCCAAGAUCUGAAAGCAAGUGUUGUAAGGGUUCUUUUCAACUGUAUGCUCUAAGAUUUAUGUGAAGGCUAGUCCCCUGAUUUGGAAUAAGUGUGAUAACCAACGUCAAUGUGGAAACUAUGUACUGAAUGUUGAUACUGGGUGGACAGACAUUUAUGAUCUCUCAUGGAUUGCUGAGAAAUGUAUGCAAAGAUUUAUUGUUCUUUAUUUGUUCUAGUGUUAUUUUUUGAUGUGCUUGUCUAUAGAUUGUGUCUUCCUUUGGUCACUUUUAAGAUGUGUGCCAACUCCUCAACCCCCUCCCCCAAGUUUUCAUUCUGGAAAUAACUUUACUUUUUAUUAUAACACAGGUAAAACAAAUGGUAGUGGCAACACUAGCUGAAUCAGGCAUGAACCUUUCUGAUGAUGUGAUUGAAAGUAUAAUAGAUAAGGUGAGAUUUUAGAGGUUCAUCCCCCAGUAUUAAGGAAAUAAAUAGAACUGUGCUCUGGAGGAUUUUUGUGAUUUUCUAUUUAACAGUGUACAAAAGCUUCUUUGAUUUUCUGUUAACAAAUGUAAUAUCACAGUGGUGGUUAGUUGUUGCUCUUUAUCAUCAUCAUCAUUAUCAUUAUUAUUAGUAGUAGUAGUAGUAGUGGUUUGAUGUGAUUUUUCAUCCGUAUCUAUCUGGUGGGUCGAGGUUUGAAAAGUUUGAUUGCAUUCUCUUCUAAAACUUGAUAUAUUUAAUAGUCUGUCUUUCUAACAUUAGACCUUUGAGGAAGCUGAUACAAAACAUGAUGGAAAGAUCGACAAGGAAGAGUGGCGUAACCUUGUACUACGGCAUCCUUCUCUUUUGAAGAAUAUGACCCUUCAAUAUCUCAAGUAAGUUCAGCUUGUGUUGAUUCCGUUAAUUGUGGUUACUACGUGUUACACCACUUCAGUCAUGGUUGCUGACUUCUUAAGCAAGAAGCGUCUGCUUGAAUAUUUGAAUAUUAGGCAUUGGUCUCUAGGUUUUGUCUAGCAUUUUUUCAGCUCAUCAUUCCUGUGACCUGAUGCAGAAAUGAUGUAUAAGAACAUUUUCCCUUGGUGUAGUUUUUCCAAAUGAAGCUUCUGAAAUAUACCUUUUAUAAUGUCGUACUGUAGCAGCCACACCUUUGUUUCUCGUUAUUUUUAUUUUUACAUAUGUUCUUGUUCAUGUAAAUUUUAUGUUGGUUUUCUUUUUUUUUUUAGUUUUUAUCUUUAAAGGUGCUUCCAGGCAGGAUUUGGUGGAAGUUCACAAUUGUCUUGUUUUUCUUGGCCAUCCUAGUACUACUAGAUUCCUCUUAAGUCUAUCUGAUGAACUCCAGUGAGAAAUGAUGCUUUUUAUUGUUGGGUGAAAUUCUUAAAAAAUGGAUCCCUCUAAAUUGAGGGUAUAAAUAACAAUAACCGUAUCUUGUUCUUUGGACAGGGACAUCACUACUACAUUCCCGAGUUUUGUUUUCCACUCCCAAGUCGAUGAUACCUGAUUCUUUUGACUUGCUUUUAAGUAUACCAUCCUUUUGGGAUAUGAGUUUGGUUUAUUCUAUUGCUUGUGAACAAUUUCACCGAUGCUGCAAUUUAAAAGGUGCUUCAUGGCUCUCGGCUGAGGAUCUGCUGCUGCAAUGGAGAUACUGAAUGCAUAAAAAAUCGCCUUCAUACUAUGUAGCUUUUGAUUAAAAUUACAAAAAGGUCUUUAUGUAUUCUGCUUCUGCGUUUAAUAUAUACUUGUGUUUCGGGUGAAUGAAUGUCGUUUUUUGCUCUUUGGGACUCUUUUCUUUUGUCUUUUUGGUUAAAUAGAAUUUUUGAGGGGCUGUGCUUUGAAAGUAAAACUUGUACGGUCGAACUCAUAUUACCGAAUGCAACUAGACUACAACUAUUACAAUGUCCGUGUUGCACAGAUAGUGUUAGAUAUAUUUUGUAAAAUUGUAAAAAUCUUAUCAUAGCCAAGCGUUAUUAUCGCGACGUAACAAUUGUUGUUCAUGUUGUGCCGUGUGAAUUAUAUCCAUUUUUUUAUGUAAUUAUAUUCUAUUUUGAAGAUAAUGUACGCUUUGAAGGGUAAAAUAUUAGUAUGACUUAUAUGUAUAAAUUUUUAGAAGUAAUAGUUCAUAAAAUGUAUCAUAACUUGGUAGUGC